AUGUCUCUCAAGGUAGGCUCGCAGACUAGCUCUCCUGAAGCUGUCGCUGUCAUCGCCUGCCUGGCUGUUGUGGCUAUAGCUGAUCAUUCCCCUUAUCCCCCUCCACCUGCCCCCUACCACCCUCCACCACCAGCCUACCACAGCGAACCACAUUACCCUGAUGUUCCUCCCAUGUACACCUACAACUACGGCAUCACUGAUGACUACGGCGUCAACCUCGGCCACUCGGAGUCCCGCGACGGCUACAAGACCGAGGGCAGCUACACCGUCGACCUCCCCGACGGCCGCAGGCAGAUCGUCAAGUACGAGGACACCGGCAACGGUCUUGUAGCUCAGGUCACCUACGAGGGCGAGGCUCAGUACCCCGAGCACACGCCCACCUACAGGCCCGCUCCCCCCGCCUACGCCCCUCCUUCUCCUACGCCCUACGAAUAACGUGUAUCUAUUUUUUGUAAAAAAAACAAAAUCGUUCACUCGCUCUUCUUCAUAAUCAAUCAUGUUUUUUGUUGUUACAUUAUUCCACCAAAGAUAAUAAAGAUAAGUUGAAA